GAUAGAGAACAUGUACCUUUUGUAUUAGGACUCAGUUAUAGUAUAGUGUAGAUCAGUUAUUCUAUUCAAGUACAUUUAACCAUUGUAAUUAUUUGUGAAAUAGCUUUUUCAAGUUCUGAAUUAAAGUAAUUGUUUUAGACGAAGAGAAGUUUCUUCAUUGAAUACAAUAAAAUACUUAGAUCGUAUUGUCAAAUAGUAACUCCUAGAUCUGGAUGAUCCUCUUAUCAAUUGGCAACUUCUGGAUGAUCAUCCUAUCAACUAGUAGUUUCUAAAUGAUCAUCUUAUCAACUGACAACUUUAGAUUCCUCGGCAAUCACGAUCAUUGAUGGUGUGAUACAGAUCAAGAUAAUCUACAACGUGACAUCCAUUAUAGCAUCUUCAUAGAUCUUGACAUCUGACAUCCACCAAUGAUAGAUUGUAACGUCAGGCACCAAAGAUUGAAUGUGAUAUCAUAUUUGGUACCCUAAAUGGUUUUCUUUCUUCCCCUACAUCGAUUAAUUAAUCAUAGAAUGCUAAAGGUGUGCCAGCUGUCUUAGAAUAUACUUUUCAUGAGUUUUUCCUUCUUUUGGGCUGAUGUACUGGGAUAAACCAACAAUACAUAAGAAUACCUUCAAACUAAGGUAUCAACUUUUCACAUGGUGGCUACAAGCAAAAAAGGGAAAGGUAAAACUACAUGUGAACUGGUACACAAACUGGUGAACAAAUGGAAGAUAAAACUAAUGGUGGCUCAGGUGAUGCACCAAAGAACUAUUGGGACAGUAGUAACAAAGAAUUGGCCGCACAAUGUUUGCAGACAGCUACAGCUGAAAUAGACUUUGAUAAAAAGAGAAUAACUAAUGUGAAGGCUGUCUAUCCAAAAGAGUAUGCUGGCACAAUCCGUGUGGCUAAAUCUAAUGAUGACAUUGAGAAUCUCAUUAUGAUGCUGGAGAAUAUUAGAGAUAAGGGGCAACCUAGAGGUCUAAUUUUGGACAAAACUAAAGUCUCUGUGGAUUCUGGGUUGGUCAGUCAAGAAGGUGGUAAAACUUUGGGAUCUGGUAUCACAUCAAAAAUUAUUUUAGUUAAAGACAGUCAGCUUGGUGAAAUGAGUGCACAAAAAACUAUAAUGCUGGCUCAGUUCCAUGGAGAUCAGAUUAGAGCUUGGGUUCAUCUAGAUAAUGCAAAUUUGGCUCCUAAACUUUAUUCUUUUGAGCAAGAAAAAGGACAAGUUAUUAUGAAGAUGGAAUUAAUGGAAGGCCAAACCCUGCAAUCAAUUUUAGAUGGUGAACUGCUCCAAAAUUCUACUGAUGCUGUAUCACUAUCUAUCUGUGUUCUUGAUGGUUUACUUGCUGCUUAUGAAAGGUUAAGAGAAGGAAAUUUUACUCAUGGAGAUAUACAUUCUGGGAAUGUGAUGAUGGAACCUGAGAUUAAAAUUAAGCUGUUUGACUUUGACAUGGCCAGAAAACUUCUGCAAGAUCCCACCACUAACAUUAUAAGAAUAAAAAAUGAUUUGCUGGAAAUCAUUCGAAUAUUUUGUGCUUUGUACUCUGGGUAUGAUCUUGACAGCAGAUACAAAGCUGAAAACAUUUUGAAAGCAAAGAAUGUCAAAGAGUUAAAUGAAAUGCUGAGAUCUGAUCUAUCUGAAACUCAACGCCAAGAACUGUUUAAGAUCCUGACUAUGUUGAUUGACUGUGUUUCUGAUCCCAGGCAAGAAGGCUAUGGGGAUACUUAUGAAGUGUCUAAAUACCUUAGAGAAAAAUAUGAUAUCGAUAAUUUAAAAAAACAGCUAGCUGUUAUAUUGUUUGACAAGUUUCAAGUAAAAAAUGAAGAAACUAGUGGCAUGGAAUGUGAAAUAGAAAGUUCAAAUGUCUGGAAUGACCCAGACCUGGAUGAUUUUGUUAAAAACGUAACCGAUGAGGACUUAAAAAGUCUUGGAGUUCUAGUCCUUGAAUGAAUCUUUUGAAUCGUAUGGGUAAUGCGCAAACAUUUUAUAAUAAUUUUCUUUAAUGAAGUUGUUCCGGAUUCCGCCCAGUCACGUGUGUGUUGUGUUUACAUCACACACCCUGCUUAGUUUCAGUUAGUUUAUAGUGGGAAUGUGAAGCAUUUUAAGUCAAUAUUUAGUGGGUUCAAUUUAGUCAUUAGUGCUAAACUAUAAUUUGUUAAUAACAGGCGAAUCUAGAGAUACAUUUUUAACAGUUUCAACUAAAACGAAUAGUGAAACCUUUGAUAAGCGUUGACCUAUAAUCUGCCAUACUUAGAUCUAGAUUUCUUGAUGUUCAAUGACUACACUUACAGUUCUUAGCAUUCGGGUAACCAAUCCUAGAAAAGAAAGUAACACUUUCAUCCCCCCUUCCUCUCUGCCCAAAAGUAAACAUGCUUGACCUUGAGUAGAACACUAAAUGUUGGACAGCAGACCAGUGUGUAUUGAAUUGGUCAGAUAGCUCUAGGGCUAGUCUAGUGUCUAGUCAAUAUGUCGACUAUUGUUUUAAAAGUUGAAAAGACUGCCAUGUGUUUUUCCUUGUGCCUAAUAGGCUUGAGUUGUUUAGCAAACAAAUAACACAUCUGAUAGUCAGGGAUAAAUCUAGAUCUACUUUCACAGUUACACAGGCCAAAUGUGUCUUACCCCGCCCUUUCAUUGUUGGUUUCUAAGUAAUAAAAUGGAUCUAGAUUUAUUUCGUCUAUGCAUUUUUGAAACUUGAAUGUAACAUUUUGUAUAUAGUAACGUAACUUAAAAAUGAUAGAACGUUUAGGAACAUAAUAAUACAUCAUGUAUCCAACACACAUUUUAAUAAUUCGUAAUGUUAUCAAUGUGCAUAAUGAAUCAGGAAUUUGCAAAAUAUGAAAUACAUAACGUUAAAAAUAGCUUAAGCUUAUGAAAACUAAUAAAACUAAUAUGCAUAUUAUCCCAUAUAUAUAUUUAUAUAUGUAUGUAUGUAUAUGUGCGUGUGUGUGUGUGGUUUACACCAAGCCUUUUUUUUUUUUUAUCUUGCAAGAACGUUUGUAAAAAACAUCUUCUGUAUGUGAAUGUAUUAUCUGCAAUAUGUUGAUGCUUGUCGUGGACUAUAAAUAAAAUAUCACUGAUAAUUUAAACCCAUCCUUAAACAGUUCUUGGCAUUUUAUCUAAACAUUCGUAUAGUUAUUUGAACAUUCAUGAAGUUCGUUGAUGUACUCUGUAUAUUAUAAAAUGUUUGUAAAUGUAAAAUCUUGUAAAAAUAGAGGAGCAAUGGAAAUAUAGGAAGACAAGGCCAUUCUCCUCUUUGUUGUCCAACUGUCACGUGACUUUGGUUAAAGUAGGUCAGGAAUCCGGAACAACCUCAUUAUAAUUAAACUUCAUUAACUGGUGCUGAGAUUAUUGUUUCUACAUUAUUUUUAUUAGCCUCAUUGUAAGAACAUUUCAGUAAACAUAAAUCUUUUCAUCACAGGAAUCUCCAGUAAGUCUACUUGCCUGUUAGGGUUGAUGUUUUUACAUAAUGUCCAUUUUAGUAUACACUAACCAAGCUUGGUUAUUGGGGCACAUUUUGACAAAAAUUGUUCAUUACACUAAAUAGUCUCUUGAUUUCUUCUACUUUGUGCAGCUACUUGCCAUUUGUUAUUGUUAUCAUUGAAUAGAUCUAAUAUUGCUAGCAUUAGUGGUGUGCAAAUAGAAACAAAUAUUUUUUUUAGAAUAGUUUACUAAAGAAAGUUUUCUUCACAUUGUUAAUACUUUUUUGAUGUUAUUUUCUAUAUUGUUUUAUUGUAUUGAGACACAUUUUUUGUGUGUUCAAAUAUUUUUAUUAUAAAUAAUUUGCAGUGGUUAGUAAUAAUCUAUGCGAAUCUCUUUUUUGAACUAUUUAAAAAUAUCUUGUGCAAUCAAUUCACAUUUUACAGAACUUUUUUGUUUUAAAUUGGAUCACGCACAACUGGCUUUAUUGUUUCAACUUUUGUGUGAUAUUAUCGAAUGAUUACAAAAAAUUUUCAUUUUUAAUCAAAUGUUGUAAGAUUAAAAAAAAACAUGUUAUUCUUUUAACGUAUUCAGAAUGAAUGUAUAGGAAUUAGUGGUUUCUAAACAGAAUAUUUUGUUGGUGAAUUGUCUUUAUGACAUAAUGGCCUUGUUAUGAGCUGCCCAGAAAAUAAAUCUUCACUGAAACAUGA